GCGGCCCGGACCCGCCAUUCCAGCCAGGGCGGGCGGGUGGGCAGCCGCCGCCGCCGCCGCUUCUCCACCACAUCCAUACGAGUCCCCUCGCCCGGCGUAGCGCUGGCUGAGCCACAAUGGCUGUGCCGUUGCGGGGCCAGCGGGCCGCGACGCUCCUACAUUUCCUCUGCUUCCUCUGGGCGGUUUUCGCCGUCACCCAGAACGCGGGGUUUCCCAGGUCGGUCCGCAAGGAACCGGACGUCACCUACGGGGGCUCCUGGAAACACCUGACCUUCCUGAACCAGGUUUUCCAGACAAUCCUGUAUCUGUUGUGUGUCAUAUCUGAUACUGUAGCUCUGUGCACACCUUCAUUAGAGAAAAGAAUAUCAUCAGUGGUGGUGCCUCUCAGAGAUUUCAUCUUCUCUGCAUAUGUGUUUCCUAUUGGCCUAUUUGUACCUGUUGCUUUCUGGAGCCUUUAUGCAUAUGACAGAGAACUAGUGUAUCCUUUAGAGCUGGAUGAAGUCAAUCCAAUUUGGCUUAAUCAUACUAUGCAUACCACCAUCCUCCCACUGCUUUUCAUAGAACUGUUCAUUUGUGAUCAUAAGUAUCCUCGUAGAUCAAGAGGAAUUUUGGGACUUUGCGUCUUUGCAGUUGUAUACCUCUCAUGGAUAGUGUGGGUAAACUAUGCAAGUGGGAUUUGGGCAUAUCCAGUUUUAGGAGUUCUCUCUCCUUGUGGACGGGCAAUAUUUAUCUCCGUAGCUUUUCUUAUAAUGGUAAUCUUCUACUUCGUUGGGGAGCAACUAACAAAACUCUUGUGGGCAAAACGUAAAAGGAAAUGCACAUAGAGAAGAACCUGGGGAAAGUAUAAGGUCAUUAAAAGUGCAAGCUCACUUAUGGAACAGAGUGAAACUUUAAUCAAGAUAAAAGCAUUCGUAACAACCUCUUCUUAAA